CAAGGGUUUAAGAGGGGCUUUUCAUUGUUUUCAAAGGCGGCUCUUUUUUCUCUUUCUUCUCUCCACGCUCCGCUCUCCUCUCAUGAACUCCUCUCAAUCCAAACCCUCACGUUGAUGUGCAGCGCCACAACCCCCUUCCUCUCAACUCCCAAGCUUUGCCCUCAAAAUCCUACAAUUCAAGCUGUUUCAGAGCCGUUUCUGCCCCAAAUCCCUAAAGCCAUGCUGCGAGCCAUUGCCAGGAAGGCCAAGAACCCUUUAGGAAUAAUCCGAAAGCCUCCUUCUUGCUUUCUUGGUUUCUCCCAAUAUCCAUUGUCCUUUGAGAGGAAUCGCAUCCUUAAUCUGCGGCUUUUUGAGCUCGGUUCUCGCCAUGAUCGUGUUUUGCGGGUUUCUGGUCUAUGGAGUAGUUUCAGAGGCUUCGCGAGCGUCGCGGAGGCGGUCUCGUCCACGGAUGUUGAUGAGGAGGCGGCGUGCAUUGAAGGGAUUCAAGGAAUGCUGAAGGAGCUGAGCAAGGCCGAGGCUGUUGGGACUCAGGGCAGGAAUGAGGGGUUUGAUGAGAAGUACCGGAGGCCGCAGCCAGUGCAGCAGCGGACGGUGUGCGGGAUCGGCUCCGGGAAGUAUCUGAUCCUUAAGAGGAGGCAGAUAAAGAUCGAGACUGAGGCGUGGGAGCAGGCGGCUAAGGAGUACAAGGAGCUGUUGAUGGAUAUGUGCGAGCAGAAGUUGGCUCCUAACUUGCCCUAUGUGAAGUCUUUGUUUCUCGGAUGGUUUGAACCGCUGCGGGAUCAGAUUGUGGCGGAGCAGCAGCUGUGUAGUGAUCCAAAGAGCAGGCUUUCACACGCUCCUUACUUUAAUCGGCUGCCCGCAGAUAUGAUGGCGGUCAUCACGAUGCACAAGCUGAUGAGCCUUCUGAUGACUGGGGAGGGGGCUGGGAGUGUUCGUGUGGUCCACGCAGCGUGCCACAUUGGUGAGGCCAUUGAGCAGGAGGUAAGGAUCCAUAGUUUUUUGGAGAGGACUAAGAAAAAGACUGAUAAAGGAAAGAAGCUUGAAGAUACUGAUGAUGUCAUUGUCACUAAAGAACAAGACAUUCUGAGAAAAAAGGUUACAAAUCUGAUGAAAAAACAAAAGCUGCAUUUAGUGCGGAAGAUAGUGAGGGGACAAGAUGAUACUAGGCCAUGGGGCCAGGAUGCGCAGGCCAAGGUAGGGAGCAGAUUAAUUGAACUUCUGAUGGAGACGGCAUAUGUACAACCUCCUGUUGAUCAAGCAGCUGAUGGUCCACCUGAUAUCCGCCCUGCUUUUAGACACUCACUUCGAACGGUCACAAAGGAGCAACGGAAGAAUAGUAAACGCUUUGGCGUUAUUGAAUGUGACCCAAUUAUCCGCCAAGGACUGGAUAGAACUGCACGACACAUGGUUAUUCCUUACAUGCCAAUGUUGGUUCCUCCAGUAAACUGGACAGGGUAUGACAAAGGUGCGCAUCUAUUUUUACCAUCUUAUGUUAUGCGCAUCCAUGGAGCAAAACAGCAACGUGAAGCAGUUAAAAGAGCUCCAAGAAAGCAAUUGGAUAGAGUUUUUGAGGCCCUAGAUACUCUUGGAAAUACCAAAUGGAGGAUUAAUAAAAGAGUACUUAGCAUUGUAGACAGAAUAUGGUCUAGUGGAGGCCGGCUUGCAGACUUGGUGGACCGUGACGAUAUUCCUCUCCCAGAGAAACCAGUUACUGAAGAUGAGAAUGCGCUGAAAAAGUGGAAGUGGAAGCUAAGAGCAGCAAAGAAAGAAAAUAGUGAAAGGCAUUCUCAGCGGUGUGAUGUUGAACUUAAACUUGCUGUAGCUAGAAAGAUGAAAGAUGAGGAGGGCUUUUACUACCCACACAACCUAGAUUUUAGAGGCCGUGCAUAUCCCAUGCACCCAUAUUUGAACCAUCUUGGUUCAGACUUAUGUCGAGGUGUUCUGGAGUUUGCAGAAGGACGCCCAUUAGGAAAGUCUGGGUUGCGAUGGUUGAAAAUACAUCUAGCGAAUCUGUAUGCUAAUGGUGUGGACAAAUUAUCAUAUGAUGGGAGACUAGCAUUUACAGAAAAUCACUUGGCAGAUAUAUUUGAUUCAGCAGAUAGGCCUCUUGAAGGAAAGCGCUGGUGGCUUGGUGCUGAAGAUCCAUUCCAGUGCUUGGCAGUCUGUAUUAAUCUGGCUGAGGCAUUGAGGAGUUCAUCUCCAGAGACUACAAUUUCACAUCUUCCUGUGCACCAGGAUGGAUCUUGCAAUGGGCUUCAACAUUAUGCUGCUUUAGGGAGAGACAAGUUGGGGGCUAUAGCUGUGAACCUGGUUGCUGGUGAGAAGCCUGCUGAUGUUUACUCUGGUAUAGCUGCUAGAGUACUUGACAUCAUGAGGAAUGAUGCUCAACAAGAUCCUGCUACUGAUUCAAAUGUUCUUCGUGCCAGGCUUUUAGUUGAUCAGGUGGACAGAAAAUUAGUUAAACAGACUGUCAUGACAUCAGUGUAUGGUGUGACUUAUGUUGGUGCGCGUGAGCAAAUAAAGAGAAGGCUGAAGGAACGUGGUCUUGAUGCAGAGGACUCUGAGCUGUUCAGUGCAUCAUGCUAUGCGGCUAAAACUACCUUAACUGCAUUAGGAGAGAUGUUUCAAGCUGCGCGGGAUAUCAUGAGCUGGCUUGGAGAUUGUGCGAAGAUAAUUGCUUCAGAAAACCAGCCAGUAAGGUGGACUACCCCUCUUGGACUCCCUGUUGUUCAACCUUACCGUAAAUUAGGAAGACAUCUUAUAAAGACCUCUCUUCAAGUCUUGACUUUACAACGUGAAACGGAUAAGGUCAUGGCUAAAAGGCAAAGAACAGCUUUUCCACCAAAUUUUGUCCAUUCCCUUGAUGGGUCCCAUAUGAUGAUGACAGCAGUGGCAUGUAAGAAGGCAGGCUUGAAUUUUGCAGGAGUCCAUGAUUCAUAUUGGACGCAUGCAUGUGAUGUGGAUGAGUUGAACAGAAUUCUCCGAGAGAAGUUUGUUGAACUAUAUGAGACCCCAAUACUCGAGAAUCUACUGGAGAGUUUUCAGCAAGCAAACCCUUCAUUAAGUUUCCCACCACUACCUGAACGGGGAGAUUUUAACCUGAAAGAUGUUUUGGAAUCAACAUAUUUCUUCAAUUGAUCUUUGCAUGUGGUCAGCAGCUCUGUACAGAUGUUCCACACCUGCCACAAAUUUAACCGUGGCGGAGUUUGCAUUCUUUUGCCAGUGCACAUAACAACCACGAGAGCAUUCGUCGGCCAUUAAGAGCUUAGAUAUCAACUGGGCAUCGACAGCAAGAUAUAUCUUGAAGAUAAAUGACUCCCAUCUACCAGAUUGUCCCCCUCAAUCUAAUUGAGAAGGCUUGUUGUUGUCUGCUAUCGGCGAUGAUAGUUGUAACUUGCCUGAAGCUGAAUGUAUGGAGCAUGAUUUGAUGAGUAGAUGGACGACCGGAUGACAACAGAGAAAGCUUGUAAUGAAAGAUGGGGCAUGACGUCGACCAGUUCCUUGGUUUACAUUAAUAGGUCAGUGCAUUAGAGUAUACCUCACAAAUGAUCAGAUGAGAGGCUCAUACCCUGGUGAAGGAGGGGCAGUGAGACCUGCCAAUUGAUAGCAGCAAGCUACACGAGGGUUUGAGUAACUGAAAUUUAGGUAUUUGAGAAGUCGGUUUUGAGUCCGGUUCUAAACCCUAACUGUGUAUUUUUAGAUAAAUUGGAGGACCACAUUCAGGAAUAAGCAAUGAUAAAUAUAGUGAUUUACUAAGAGUUAUGUAUUUAUAUGGUGUCUGUGGACUCUAGUUUGUGUGACUAAGAUUGUAGCUGUUUGAGGUACUGAUAUUUUUUUGGAUGAUUUAAUCCAUUGAGAUGAUGGCUUUCAGCUGUGUGAAAUUAA